ACGAGUCUUCGAUCUCUCAGGAUGCUCUUGGCAAUCGGCGCUGCAGUGUACACGAGGCAACCGGUAAAGUAACUACGAACCGGCCUCCGCCGAGAUGAUCGAGAUGCGGCCUGGCUGUUUAAAGUGUUCCCUGACGAUUGCCUUCGUCGUGUGCACGUAUAUCGUUGGGUCAGGUGCAAAUGGAGGUAGUAGUGGCGCCUUCGCAUCAGCCAGUGCUUACGCUGGAGCCAGUGGAUUUGCAUUAAGUAACGCCGGUGCAUUUGGAGGAGCGGGAGAUUUUUCCGGAGACCACGACGGACACAAAGGAAUUCGCAGCUAUGACAGCAGCGGCUUCUCCCAUGACAAUGACGCCGAUCGCGGUGCGAAGUCUUACGGCGCCGUCCCAGGACACGGCGCCGGCGGUGACGGAAUAAAAGGCUCGGAUCAUGGCUAUAAUAAGAACGACUGUUCCAAAUGCAAAUGGGAAAAUGACGAUUAUUGGGAACGGGAUGAGCCAGAGGAGGAGGGGGACGAGAAUGAUGGAGACGAAUGCGAUGACGGCCAAUACAAGCCUGACGGGACGCGUCAUCGAGGCGCGGGCGGAUCUGGCAAAGGACAUAGACCAGGGUCACAUCCAUCCGGCGUACACAAGACCGGACCCACAGGCGUGUAUGUGGAUGCUGAAGAUGGUAGACCCGCUGGACCUUUCAGUGGUGCUGGCUAUCCAGUGCCGACUACUGGAUACGCAGCUCCAACUGGUGGCUUUGGAAAUACGCCGAAACCUGGAUCCGGUUGGAAUACUCCAUUUUCCUAUACGACAUUAAAACCUGGAUAUGCUGGUGCAACCGCAGGCGCACCAGCUUAUGGCACACCGUCAAGCUCUCGGCCAGAUUGGAAUAGAGGAAUAACGCCGAGUAGUUUUGCUACCACGUCGAAGCCUACUUGGGACAGUUCUUCUAGACCUGCUGGACAUUUCGUAACAACUCCGAAACCUGGAACAAAUUGGGAUACCGGAUCCGGUGCGCCAACUAGCGCACAACCUUCGUGGAAACCUUGGAAUACUGGACACGAUGGUACACCUGUUGCGAGCACAUCGAGACCUGGACAAGGAUGGAAUACUGGAUUUGAUAAUACUCCAACAACAGACUUUUCGCAGAAACCUGCGCCAGGCUGGAAUGCCGGCCGUCAACCCACCGGAAGCUUCGGUGUUACACCGAAACCUGAACCGAAUUGGAAUACCGGACCCGAUAAUACUCCAGCCGGAGGACUUCCGUUCUCGCAAAAACCUGGUUCUUGGAGCGGUACUCCUGGACAUGAUGGCGCAAACUUUGGUACAACGCCGAAACCUGGACAAAGCUGGAAUGCUCCAUCCGGCGGUAAACCGAGUUGGAAUACUGGACACGAUGGUACACCUAUUGCGAGCACGUCGAGACCUGGACAAGGAUGGAAUACUGGAUUUGAUAAUACUCCAACAACAGACUUUUCGCAGAAACCUGCGCCAGGCUGGAACGCCGGCCGUCAACCCACCGGAAGCUUCGGUGUCACACCGAAACCUGAGCCAAAUUGGAAUACCGAUAAUACUCCAACCGGAGGAUUUCCGUUCUCGCGAAAACCUGGUUCUUGGAGUGGUACUCCUGGACAUAGCGCAAACUUUGGCACAACGCCGAAACCUGAACAAAGCUGGAAUGCUCCAUCCGGCGGUAAACCUGAACCGAAUUGGAAUCCGGAUUAUGGAACGUCUGCCGGUACAUCUGGUUGUCCUCGACCUGAUUCAAGUUGCACUCAAGGUAAACAAGGUCCUGUCAAAUUGGGCGCAAUACCUAUCAAUAUUGAUCAAACGAAUGAUGAAUCUCCAAGUGGUAUUUCUUCUGCGGGACCACAAACAGGAAGUGGUUUAUCUCCUCCAAAUAGUUAUGGAAGCCCUAAAGAAAAUCAGAAUUGGCCUUACGGUCAAUCUGGAAUACAAAGUACUGGUGCUUAUGCUGGAGCAAGUGUAACAUCCGGCGUUGGAAACAUUCCUCACGGAGGAGCACCUAAUUUUGGAAAGAAAGAUCAUCCAUUUGAUAAUAAACCAACGAACACUCAAACACCGUACAGUGGAGUAGAUCAAGCACAUCCUAACAUUAGUAGUGGCACUUAUAGUCCAGGAAGUGUUCCUGAUUAUAACAAACCUGGACACGAAAGUACAUGGCCGUCGAAUGUAGCAAAUACUUUCGGGACCACCAAAAGACCGUUCGGAAUUAAUUCACCGGGUCCUGGAAUUCAAGGUAAUAUAUUCAAUUCUGGAAAAUUACCGGGAUCUCCUGAAAGCGGUGCUUAUCCAAGUAUUACCAAACCAAAUUAUGGAAGCGGAAUCAGUCCUGGUCAGCAUGCAAGUGGAAGUAAUACCUGGUAUAAUUCAGGAACGACAAUUUCUCAUACAAGAUUUCCCGCUCCUGGAUUUGGCACAACCAAAACUCCGUUUGGUCACACAAACAUUCCAAGUCCCAGCAAUUCAUACAGUGGAACAGGGCUAAAACAACCCAGUUUUAAUGUGGCAGGUAGUAGUGCAAGUGCGAGCGCUGGUGCAAGCACAUUCGGAUCAUUUCCUGGUACGUAUACUCCUUAUAUAACUCCAACAACGCCAACAUAUGAAGGAGCUUCGGAUCAUCCCGGAGUCAAAAGCUCUUCUAGACCUGCUUAUGGAGUUAUUCCUCAUACACAUCCUGAUGCUGGAACUGGUACUUGGCCUGGCAAGCAAUCUGGAAAUGAAAUUACUCCUGGAAGACAACCUGGAAGUGGAACCACGCUUGGUGGGUAUCCUGGAAGCGUGAGUGAUACUUCGCCCGGGAAACGACCUGGAGAUAAUAGUGGAUCUUGGCCUAGUAAAAAACCUGGAGAUGGAGGAAGUAAUAUUUGGCCUGGACAACAGCCUGGAAGCGUUAGUCCAACUUGGCCUGCUAGACAACCAGGUAGUGGAACCGGCAAUUGGCCUAGUGGAAAACCUGGAGAUGGAAGUAGUGCUACGCCCGGUAAUUAUCCUGGAUUCGGAAGUGGAAUUGGACCUAUCAAACAACCUCCAAAUGAAAGUGGAGCUUGGCCUAAUAACCAACCUGAUGGAAGUAGGACACGGCCAUCUGAAUGUUCGAACGGAAAUUGUGGAAAUGCCAUCAGCAGCCAUUGUGGAGGCGAAAAUUAUAAUUGCGGGGGCAGUUGCACUGGAAGGGAUAAUAAUACACCAGUGACACAUAGACCAUGUAGUGAACCAAUAAGCGGUCCCAGUGGCGUUAAUAAAACAUAUUAUCCCGCUGGAACCGGUGAUGGCCACGUUCCAAAUAUUGGGAAUACAUAUGGAUCAGCUUCACCUUUCAAUAACGGAGCUUAUCCUCAAAAUGUAGGAUGUAGAAGUGGAGAUAAUUCAUGUAAUCAAGGCGCAAGUGUAACACCUGAAGAUCCUGUGCGAUGGAAUUCCGUAAAUCCAUUCUUAUUUGGAGGCAGUAAUCUGAAACAACAUUCAGGUUCCUCGAACAGCGGAACUACAAUUAAACCAAUUGGAAAAGGAAAUCCAUUCUUCAAUUCCGGUUGGAACGAGCAUAAGCCUGAAUAUAACAAUAAUGCAAAUAACGACAGAAAUUUGAUUCCUUAUGAUGAAGAAAAUACGAAGCCUAUUGGUCAAAACAAUCCAUUUCUGAAUAACAACAGAAGAGGAGAUACCGAAGUUAAUCCUAAUGAAAGUGUCAUUCCACUCGGAGGAAGAAAACCUGAAAAAUACAAUCCCUUUUUCGGAAGUGCAAACAGUGGCUCAGAUAGUCCAUCAUACACUGGGGGACAGCCUGACGGAUAUCCCGCAUCGAGAAAGCCAGAAAGUGACGGUGUAAAGGGUUCUCAUGGAGUUUCGCCGCAACAGGAAAAUAGCGGCGGGGUUUAUCCUACAGAUGGAAAUCCUGGCAGUGUCGAUCCGUUACGAUGUAAGUUGGGUAUUUUUGGUUGCGGAACGCCCGGUAGCGGAAGCUACGAGACUAAGCAUCCGGGAAGAGUACUUGGAGGAAUCGGUGGAGGUGGAGAUUCAGGAAACGUUAAUGUUCCUGGUGGGCCCGGCAAUCCUGGAACUGGAGUAAACCGUGGUCAGUUCGACGCAGGACAUUCCGCAUCGGCGGGAAGUAACUUGCCAGGAUCGUUUGGUGGUGCUUACGCUGGAUCUUUCGCCCAAGCUUCCAGCUUUGCCAAUGCUAAAUCUUUACCUUUCCCUAAUACAGCAGCAUCUGGCAAUGAUUUUGGCCAAGCUAGUAGCGGAAAUUGGCCUUCUAGUGGAGCACAAAACCAAGGCGGAUCUAAUUCCUGGGCUUCCAGCGGUGCCUUUGCUAGUAGUAAUUCCGGAAGCUGGUCAGGACAUUAUCCUACCGACGUAAAGGGUUAAUUUCAAUCAGAAAAUGUGAAACGGAAUAAAUGCAGAUAUGUUGACGACAUAAUUGUAAUAUUAUUAUAUUUUUUAUAUUCGAUGUGUUUCGCUACUUAAUAAUUAUAAAAUACUCUUGAUUUUUUUUAUAUAAAGACUUUAUAUACAUAUUUAUUACAUCCGUUUUUGUCGCGAUAUACUAUGAUGGAUAAAAAAAUUUUUUUCGUUAUAUACAUUGUCUAUUUGUACACAUUACAUUGUAUUUUAUUCAAUCAGCGAAGAAUAAAUAGA